AUGAAAAAUAUAAAUACUACAGCAUUGGAACUUGCUCAACAGCUCCACACAGCUAAUGCAUUGUCAGCCAACACAGAAAGACUCUUCUCCUCAACAUACGAAUAUCCCGCCAAUAGUAGCAUCCGAAAAGAGAAAGUGAAACAGUUGAAAAAUCAAUUAGUUAGGCAGCAGUCUGUAUUAUUACAAGUCAGCGAUAAAACUAAAGCCACCACUCUAGCUUCUUACAAAGUAUCUCAAGUUAUUGCCAAAAAGAAGAAACCCUUUGAAGAUGGCGAGUACAUCAAGGAAUGUUUUGUAGAAGCUGCAAACUGCCUAUCUGAAGGUUUUAAAAAUAAAUACGAAAUAAUGUCGGCUAUAAACUCCCUCCAGCUUUCAGCGCGAACCGUAACUAGACGAGUGGAAAAUAUGUCAGAAGAUGUUUCCCAGAUGAAGACGGACUUACAGCGAUUUAUUUUCUUCUCCUUACAAUUUGACGAGUCCAUAGAUAUUAGUGAUACGUCCCAACUAGCCAUAUUUGUCAGAAUGAUAUUCGAUGAUUUUACUGCUAAGGAAGAACUUGUUAAAAUUAUUCCUUUAAAAGGGCGGACUCGAGGUGAAGACAUAUUUUCUUCCGUUCAAGAUUAUUUUAUCUCUGAAAACAUUGCACUUCAGAAACUGGUUGGCAUUACAACUGGCGGAGCCCCAGCGUUUACUGGAGUGCAUAACGGAUUCAUUGCCCUUUGCCGCAAAGAUGACACGUUUCCAAAUUUUUUAACAUCGUGCAUCAGCAAGCACUUUGUGAGAAGACAGUUCCGAACUCUAAUUGCAGAAAUGAAUCUAGAAUACGGAGAAUUGCUUCUGCAUACAGAGAUACGCUGGUUAAGCAAGGGGAAGAUUCUUCGGCGCUUUUAUGAGCUCCUACCAGCUUUAAUCGCUUUUCUUAAGGAGCGUAAAGAAGACUACUCAACAUUAGAAGAACCCGCAUGGUUGAGAGAUUUUGGAUUCUUGACCGAUGUCACAGGAAAGCUGAAUGAACUAAAUUUGCAGCUUCAGGAAGUAAUCGAAAAAGAAGUAGUAAACGUUCAACCUUACACAGGAGAGGGGCACAUAGAAAUGUUGACCAGACCGAGGCAUGAAUUCGAUACCCGAUUUAGUGACUUCAACAAAAUUGAAGCGAUUGCUCAGUUUGUAUCUUAUCCGUACAUGCCCCUCGAUGCAGAAAGCUUAUCCCAAACCAUCGAACAGCAUUUCAGCGAAAUCAGACCAGAGACUGAAUUAGAAAUAGUCACACUGCAGAAUGAUUUGUGUUUGAAGAGCGUUGCCGGAAAAGAAAAUUUUUGGUGUCUAGUGUCCAAACAGAAAUACCCAAUCCUAGUCAAUGUAGCUUUGAAAAUUAAUGCCCUGUUUUGUUCCACCUACCUUUGUGAAUCAACGUUUUCAAACAUGAAGUUCAUUAAAAACAAAUACAGAAGCCGACUAACGGAUGAACAUUUGGACUCGUGUAUUAGACUAAGAAUAACAAACCACCAACCGAAUGUUAAAAAACUAACAGACAUGAUGGACUGUCAAUCCUCCCAUUAA